AUGCAGCUGAGCGCUAAUAAUACGAGACGGUAUCUGUUUGUAAAUUGGCUUUGUCGAAUGUUAUUUUGGCCUUGGCGUACUAAGCAAGCAUAACUCCUUUGCAUUUCAUGACACGAUAGUUGUUAUUUUUCUACAUAUUUUGUCUAAUAUCGGCGCAAGUCAGUGUUGCGAAACUCCAUGUGAGAUACUGCACGUGGAGGCACACAUUUUUUCAAAAACAUUUUUCACUAGCGAAGCGUGGAGGGACUGAAAUAUGGGACGCAAAGCUGAAUAUAGUGAAAAACAAAAGAAAGGGCCAGGUCGAAAGGCGCGCAAACAGGGAGCACCAAAGUUUCCGAAGAAAUCAUUUGCGCCGCUCGACGAUGAGGAUAAGAGAUUGUCACACCGUCAAAAACAGCGCGUUGCCAAGCGGGAACAAAAAAAGGUAGUGCAGAAGGCGAAAUUAAAGGAUAAACGUGCACAACAGCCUCGUAAACAGAAAAAGUAUCACAGCGAGAGCGAGAGCGAGCCCGAAGCGAACCAACCGCCAGAGUCAUCAGACGAGGAAGUGCCGCAACUUGUGCCAAUCAAAAAACAAAAGUCAAAUGGCUUCAAAAAUGACGAUAAUGAAUGGCUAAAGUUGAAGUCGAAAAAGCAGCAGAAAGCGAAGAAGCAAGAAUCAGAUGAGGAACUAGAAGAGGAACAAGAGCCCGAGAAUGAAUUUGAAUCUAGUUCGGAAGAAGCGGAAGACGAUGAGGAAAAUGAUGUAACCGAUGGAGAAGAGGAGGAAUCAAUUGAUGAGGAUGAUGACGAAGCUCAAGUCGGUAAAUUGGACGAUCUUUUUGAUGACGAUGCUGAAGAUCAAGCAACCGAUGAAGAAUCAGACAAUGAAGAUGAUGAUGAUGAUGAUGAUGAUGAUGAUGAUGAUGAUGAUGAUGAUGAUGAUGAUGAUGAUGAUGAUGAUGACACAUUGCCUAUUGAGCGUGCUAGCAAAAAACUUAAGAAGCGUCGGGACAAAGAUGAUAAAUUGGCACAGGAGGAAAUGCAGAUGUCUGUCGAUCAGUCGGAAGUGUUCCAUUUACCAGAGCCCGGCGAAGAUGCUGAGAAGGAGCUAUCUUUACAGGAUGUCCAACAGCGUAUUAAGGAUAUAAUACAGGUACUCUCGGACUUUGGCAAAUAUCGGCAGGAAGGUCGUGCACGUAGCGAGUAUGUUGACCAGCUCCGUUUGGACCUAUGUUUGUACUACAGCUAUAAUGAGUUUCUUAUGUCGAAGCUCAUGGAUAUAUUUAAGUUGAGCGAUCUUAUGGAGUACUUGGAGGCGUCUGAGGUGGCGCGUCCGUUAACUAUACGCACAAAUUCUCUAAAGACACGUCGUCGAGACCUUGCUGGCGCGUUAAUUAAUCGUGGCGUCAAUCUCGAUCCGCUGGGCAAGUGGACAAACGUGGGCCUUGUCAUAUUUAAUUCAACUGUUCCACUGGGCGCCACGCCUGAGUAUUUAGCUGGUCAAUAUAUGAUACAGGGUGCUUCGUCGAUGCUGCCAGUGAUUGCGCUGGCUCCGCAGGAGAACGAGCGAGUGCUAGAUAUGUGUUCUGCACCUGGUGGCAAGGGAUCACACAUAGCUGCCGUUAUGAAGAACACGGGCGUGUUAUUUGCCAACGAUGCAAACCGGGAUCGCAUCAAGGCCGUUGUUGCCAACUUUCAUCGCUUGGGCAUUGUGAAUGCUGUUGUUAGCUGUGAAGAUGCGACCAAGUUUAGAAACAUAAUGACGGGCUUUGAUCGUGUGCUGCUCGAUGCGCCAUGCACUGGCACAGGCGUUGUCUCCAAGGAUCCUAGUGUAAAGACAACUAAAUCGGAGAUCGAUGUACAGCGAUGCUAUAAUUUGCAGCGCAAGCUUUUGCUUACCGCCAUCGAUUGCGUGGAUGCUAAAUCUUCCACCGGUGGAUAUGUUGUAUAUUCCACUUGUUCAGUACUGCCCGAGGAGAAUGAAUGGGUCAUCGACUACGCUCUUAAGAAGCGAAAUGUUAAGCUUGUGCCUUUAGGUAUUGAUUUUGGUGAACCUGGCUUUACCAAGUUCCGCCAGCAUCGCUACCAUCCCAGCUUAAAUUUGAGCAUGCGCUUUUAUCCGCAUACAAACAAUAUGGAUGGCUUUUAUGUGGCUAAACUGAAAAAGUUCUCAAAUACCAUUCCCAUCACUAAGGAGCAACAAGAAGCGGAUGAGAAGCAGUUAGAUGAAGCACUUGCAUCAGAUCAGCCUGAAUCGAAUACGGCAGAAACUAAGGAAGAGGAGGCAACGGAACCCAUUGAAGGAUCCCGAAAAACGUACGGAAAACGUGCUGGCAAGCCCAACCUUACGGACGUAGAACAUGACCUAAAAAAGAAAAAGCUUGAACAAAGUAAGACGAAAUAUGUUGCCAAGGUAUUUGAGAAGCCCAUCAAAGUGACCAACAAGGCAAAGAAAGAGCAGACGGCGCCUGACUCUGCCGAGAAAAAAGAAAACACCGUUGCUACUUCCCCAAUAGUCAAAAAUAAGCAGACGACACCACAAUCGAAUGGCAAUAAGAAACAGAAAGUGCUGAAAAAUGAGCAAAAAGCUACGGCGCAAAAAAAUGAACACAAUGCUAAGCCAACGUCUAAAUUAACUAAGAAACUUUCACAGGCGCCGAGAGUGGAUAUAGAUGAACUGCCAUUGCUGGAAGGAAAGCCCAUCAAAAUGCAAAACAAACUGAAAAAUAAGUCAAAGCAGUUGGGGCAGUUGAAAAAAUCCAAGAAGACAGUCGACAGAAAGCAAAAGCUUAAAAAAUAAUCUGAAAUAUAAAUAAGUUUUUUAAAAAGUUGAUGGCGGGUUUGUUGCGAAACUUAAAAUAUGUAAUAAA